GCACAACCAGCCCCGGUGUCUGGUGGUCAGCUGAUUCAGAAACGAAACAACACGCGAGAUCACAACACACAUAUACCGAUAGAAGGGUGUCUGAAGAGGGACAACAAUCAAACUGAAACGUUUUGCUCAUUGAGAGGAAAUAUUGAGGUUAUGUGUCACGUGUCGGAUGUUUACCGCGUUUUAGUGUCGACGACUACAACGACGUGGUGAAGAGUGAUUAGGUGAUGUACUGAGUGUUGUUUUUGUAAGCGACCACGUGUGAGUGGGGGGUCAAAAACUGCCUCACAGUGCGUGUACCUGCGGGGCUUGUGACAAAAGCAGGACAUGUGCCACCCAAUGGGGAGGCCACCACCGAGGAAAAAGCCUCCAUACCGGUUAGUUAUCCAGUUCCUUUAAAAAGAUAGCAACAAAUGAAUGAUAGCGUAGCUGAUUCAGAGCCCGCUUCAAAGGACAUGACAGCUGUCAAUGCGGGCAUACAUGAGCUGGCAGGGGUCCGCCUUCCUUUACAACCGUACCCAGGAGGUCAUGCUGUAUUCAUGUACAGUACCGCUUCUGACGGUAACGUCACGUUACAACUCAAGGAGCCUGACGACCUCGAUAAAAAUAGCUUAGCUGCUAUGUUAGCUAAGCUGCAAGAUGAUGCCACUUUUUCUAUAUCCUAUCAAGAUACUGACAUUUUGUCUGAGGGCAUCGACGUGUUAUUGGGUACAGGACCAGCAAAUUCAGGUGGGAGCGAUGCAGUUACUGCCACCUUCGAUCUCUUCGACUCAUCGAGUGGUCCAGAUCUCACUCUCUCUCCGCAGACCUUUACCAAUUCAGCUGAGGCCUUCAUCAAUGACAAUUCUAACAGUCUGGGCGUCCCGACGGAGAGCGAUGCAGUUUCAACAACUACUACUGAUGAUAAGAAGUCUCUAACCACUUCGGAAUUGGUGAAGGUGUCAACAAAACGAGCCAGGCCCAAACCGACAUCGCCCAAUAGACAGGGUCCACAACAAUGUCAGGUCUGUGCCAAAGUAUUUGGAAACGCCUCUGCCUUGGCAAAACACAAACUGACUCAUAGCGACGAAAGAAAAUAUGUUUGUAGCAUGUGUGGAAAAGCUUUCAAGCGACAAGACCACCUAAACGGCCACAUGCUCACCCACCGCAACAAAAAACCCUAUGAGUGCAAAGCAGAAGGCUGUGGAAAGAGCUACUGUGAUGCAAGAUCGUUACGAAGGCAUACCGAAAACCAUCAUAGCACUCCCGCCACAACAGUUAACACUACAACGACAACACUAUCUCCUGCACAAGGAGCUGCCUCGGGAGAUGCUGCUUCACCGCACGGUUCCAGUUGCAUACAGUAUGCACCGCCUCCGACGUCGAAUACAGCUUCGACAACGACGUCAGUUACAGCUUCCAAUGGGAAGAGUCAGUUGCAGCAGUUAUUGGCUACAGAUUCAACGAAGGGCAGCAACAGCACCAACAAUGACGGGUUAACUAAACAGCAGCUGGAUUUGAUACAUCAAAUAAUGGAACAAACUCAGAGACAAUCCCAGGCCGUAGCAGCGGCAGCGGCGGCAGCGGCGGCAGCAUCAAACAAAUCCACAUCAUCAAAAACUUCCUCCAGUGGUAGCGGCAAUAUCAAGAGCGUAGGUAGCAGCAAAUCUACCUCAAAAUCGCAUCAGAGCAAGAAUACAUGGUUACCCACAGCUUGUCACCAACAGCACACAAAUAAAAGCAGCAGCAGUAGUAGUAGUUCGUCUACAAGUGGAACUCCAAGUCCACAAGCUAAAGUUACUACUUCAUCCACUCCCACAUCACCAAUUAACUCUACGGCCGGAAAAACAGAACCUAAGCCUGUCGAGUGUAACUUAUGUCACAGAAAAUUCAAAAAUAUCCCAGCUCUCAACGGUCACAUGAGACUUCAUGGAGGUUAUUUCAAAAAGGUUGGUAAAAUGGAUACUGAAAACAAAAAAAGUGAAAAGAAAGAUCCGGGUGGUCCUCCAUUACAAACAGCAAGUUUUAGCGUUCGAGCCCUAAUAGAAGAAAAAAUAAUCAAUAAAAGAAUAACAAAUACACCUCAACCAUCCAAUGAUGACCAGAAAAUCAAUGCUCCGCCUCUCUUUCCUCUAAACGUGCAUUCCUCCCCGUCUAAUAACACUGACCUAGAGUCAAAAAUUUCAUCGUUUGUAGUACCAGCUCCUCCUCAACAGACCUCCGACAAAUCCCGUAGACAUUCCGAUGCGGAAACAUUCCGUAGCAGCACCACUCAGCAGGAGGCUCAAGCGCUGGCUGAUUUAAUUCUUAAGCGCGAAAAGGCUACGGUGAAAAGAACUACCUCGGACCCAGGACAGUCAUCACCAAUAUUGCAGUUCCAAUCAAACGAUUCCUUCACUUUGGCGAACGUUACUUAUCAAUCCGAAGAAGCAGAAUUUAUAUCUUCAAGUUUACAAGAAGGUGUUUUCACUCAAGUUCAGGAUAGCAUGCUUCUACAAGGUGUGGAUCCAAAUCAACUAGCAUCAAUUCAAUUCCAAGCUGAAUCUCUUCUGCAGGAUCAUAACGAGCCGCAAAUGCAAGAUUUCAAAAUCGAAGACAUCAAUCUUCAGGAAUCAGUAGUUCAACAUUCACCUUCGUAUCAAUCUAAUCAUUCUGUCAAUCAAGAUUUGCAAGCGGUACUUGAUUCCCCGUUGCCAGAGAGUUUAGCAGAAUUCAGUACUUUUCAUUCAACAAAUAGCAUUGAUAUGCCUUCUCCCAGUUACCAAACUCAGUCACCCGCACAAUAUGCUCGCUCGCCACAUACAAUUACUGCACAAUCCCCGCUUCAAAGUCCACUAAUAAGGCACGAUUCGCCCGGAUUCGCUUAUCCUACACCGCCUGCAAGUCAUGAAGGACAAAGUCCAGGAUUUGGACAGAAUACCAUACUACCAAUGGUAUCACCUAAUGCGCAAGAGUUUGGACAAAUUGUCGAUAGAGGUGUUUACGAAGAACCACCUCAAGCAUCUUCACCGUUGUCUGCUGCAUUUUUCACUUCAACUAUGUCUAGUUCGGCAGCAGUAGAAGAAGCAUUAGAGGAGGUACUGCCAGGAGAACCUAUUUACCCCCUAACAAACUCUCCGUCUCCUCAAUCUCCUCUUGGUCUCACACCAGUACCGUCACCAAUAUCUAAUACCGUUAGCACCUCCGACCCUCAACCAUCAACAAAAUUCUCAACGUCUCCGAAUACUUCUACGUAUUCUAUGUCGGGCAACUGGUGUAACGGAGUAAUGCUCCCAAACUCUGAUGAUCCUCUACUUUCCAGCAGCCCAAAAGAUUUCGUACCAAGAAGAAAAAUUGAAAUUAAUGGAGUACCAUUAAGACUCAUAAGUAACAACGGCCUAAUUGAAUUGAACAGCUCAAAUUUUGCAGGAAUUCUUGUCGAUGCCAAUGGAGAAAUUAAGCUUUUCCAAACUGGCGGUAGUACGUUUCAAACAAAAAAUAUUCUAUUAACAAAUACCCCUUUAAUUAAUACUCAAGAUAAUGACGACAAAUGUAAAAAAGUGAUAAAAACCGUACAAUGUACAAUUCCAACGAAGCACGUUAUCAACAAGCCUAAACAAAUGACAGAAAUUAAGAAAGAAGACAACAACGAUGUUUUUCUAAGUCCUACUUCGAUACCUGCUAGUCCUGUAAGAAUAUCCAGAAAGAGGCCUAGAACAGAGCCCUUACAGCUACCUGUACUACAUCAAUCAAAACUUAGAGCUACAAGAAGUAAACCUCCAGGAUGUGCUAGAUAUACUCCUCAGCCAAUAUUAAGCCCACAGAGACCUGGAACGGGACUUUACACAAACAUUAAGAACAGAAACGAUGAUGGUAUGAACUGGAAUAGUGAUCCCAUUCCAGAAAGUGAUUCCACCCCUCACGUUAACGUCGGGUCACAAUUUCAAUGUAAAAUACCAAGCUUUUCUUCAGCACCUAAUAGAGGAAGCUCUGAAUCUACAUACGAAGAUCUCCUAUGGGAUCCCGGUAUUAGUAACUGCACAGAUAGCGAAGUGGAUAUGUACCUGGAUUUUGCUUGCUGUGCUGCUGUGCCAGGCGGGGGAAGGAAUAAAGAAUAUGCAAUGCAUCUUCUUCAUAUGUGUGGAGGAAACAUACAUGACGCGAUGUUGCGAUUGAUGCAGCCCUCACCGAAUCUUCCUACUGAUCAUCCUCUCUUAGCAUAUCAGUAUUGCGAAAGUGACAAAUGGUCAACGACAGAAACAGACAUAUUCCACAAGUCACUGCUCAAGUACGAUAAGGAUUUCCGCAAUAUUGCUCAAGAGAUUCGGACGAAAACUAUAAAGCAAUGUGUGCAAUUUUAUUAUGUUUGGAAAAAAGUGUGCGCUGAUGAAUACCGACGAUUGAAACAUCUUAGAGAAAGGAGAAAUUAUUACUACAAACAUACAGAAAUGGAUAUGGAUGAGAAGCUAUUUGCUGAUGUUAAACUUUUAGGGAUUGCUGAUAGCGGGUGUCCGAUGCCCAUACCGGAUACAAGAAACUUUGUUUGCGAAUUCCCAGAUUGUUCAGCAAGUUUCAAUUCUCGAGCAGCACUAAAUGGUCAUAUUCGAAUACACGGAGGUACUGCGAGAAAUUCGCCGACACCCUCUUCAACAACAACAGAAAGGCGAACAGUCUCCGUCACCUCCUCGACGAUGUGUCACCCAGAUUCGACCGAAGAGUACCCCUGUAAGAUAUGCGGGAAGUAAGUGUACAACAUUCGUCAUAAAAAACCGAAGAGUGUUCACAAAAAUCAAAAGUCGUAGUGCCCAUAUGAAGUCUCAUCGACCCCCUGACGCUGAACCAGUCAAGAGAAAAGAAAAAGAUACUCCCAGCUACGAACUUUCCGUGCCAAGCCCGUUUAGUACUUAGUCUUAGCAAAACUAAUACUCAUUUAUAAAUAAACAGAAAAAUUUAAUCAAAAAGCAGUAAAGGGCAAUCAAAAAUAAAAAAUAAGAGUCAGAUCGAAGAAGCCACCUCAAAUUUUUCGAAAAACAAACGUUUGUUAUUCAGAAGUUAGAAAAAAACAGUAGGUAAAAAAUUUUAGAGUAGUAGUGUACAAAUUACAAACCACAUAUAACAGAGAUUUAUAUUUAAUAUUAAAAUAGGGGUUGUGUUACGUUACGAAAAUAAAGUAACGUUAGUGCCUUUUCGAAUGUCGAGUGAGACACUAUUCAAAGAGCGUCAUUGCUAUUCAUCAUCAACAUCACACCAUUAGAUCUGGUAUAAAUAAAAUAGUGCUCAAAAUGCAGGGAAUACUCAAAAACUGUUACUUUUUCAAAAUGUAUAAUCACCAUAUCUAGCGAAUACUUUUGAAAUUUUAUAAUUUUCCCAAAAAAAAUUACCUAGUAUUCUUCAACAUAAAUUGCAAUGGAGUUGAAUCUCCAACCCAGAUGUUUAAUAAAUAUUCUUAUACGUGUUUUACAAAUUUAAUCUUCAUACAUCGAUGAUCACAACGAUGAACUCAAAUACUACACACUUCAUUGUCAAUUAAAAAAAAUAUGUAUUAUUUUUAUUAUAAUUAAAAAAUUAAUUACAUAAAACAAAUAAAAACCAUUAAAUAGGAAAAUGACAAAAGCUUAUGUUGCGUAUUUUUCACAUGAUUAUAAAGUUGACGAAAAAAACUGUAAAAGAGAUAUAUGAAAAGUAGGUAGGUAAUGCGUAAUAAAUUUGUGACUGAACAAGCAAAUGAAUAUGUAAUCUAAUAAAAUUACUGUGAUAACAAAAAUAUGAUACCCUACUCUACAUCUAGUUGUUGAAAAAUGAGUAUUUAACAACAAUCUUCUAGUGUAUUCUGAUAGAUAAACACUUCUUUUUCUACAUAUUUUGCCAGAAACUGAAUCUCACUUUCACGUGAAACAAAAAUUGAUCCAAUUUAUACCGUUAUAAUCAUGUCAAUUAAAAAUAUAUUCUCUAAUAGCAUAUUUUAACAAUAGGUCCAUGUUUAUAUCAAUCUCUUGAAUGAAAAAAUGAGAAAAACUCUUUACAAACCUUUUUACAAAAACUACAGUUCAGAGAAUUCUAAACUUUUUGAAGAAAUAGAUUAGUUAACUAAAUAAAAUGUAGAUAAAGAUUAAAAGAAUUUAGGAAAAAUGGCUAAAGAAAACAUCUUCAUAGAAUAAAAAGAGUAUCUAAUGCUUUUUCUUCAUCGAAAUAUUUUAUAUAUAAAGUAUAAUCCAAAACAAACAAAAGAUGUGUAAUUCAUCAACACAUAUAUUAAAACUGGCUGGUGGGAGCCACAAGAAACAUUAUGGAACAGUUGAAACACUUGAACUUGAAAUCUUAUUUUCUGUAAAUUCUUUCUUUUCAUAAAAUUAUAUUAUAUAUCAUCUAAAAAGUAUUAUGAUUUGUCCAUAUUUGUCUCAUAAUAACAAUGUAGCACUCAAUAUGUUUCGUUAGAGGAAUUCAGAUUAAAGUAUAAUUUCUAUCUAAAGUUUCCAAUUCAUUGAACUAUUAAUUAUGAGUUAGUGUAUGAGCUUGGUUCAGUUUAUAUGUAUUGAAUUAGUUUAUCGUGAACCUUUCUUAAUCACAACAGAGGAUCUUAAUAUUAUAGUAUACCGGCAUUCACACAGUAUGCCAUUCCUUGUGGCCACUCUUUUAUCCGAAACGUUCUAAAACUAGUCUGGAGUGAAAAAAAUGAUAUUCUGAUGCCAUCAAUGGCAGAUCUGCCUUUCAUUAACUGUUCCUAUAUUGUUUCUAUGCCUAUCAGUAGACUAUUGAACAAAAUAUUUGUAUAAUCGCAUCAAAGUCAUACAUAAAAAGUAGAUUAAUAAUAGAUUAUGUGAAUAAUGAACUCGUAAUUGUUGGUUAUUUAUAAACAAACAGAAAUGUUAUACAUAUAUACUAUAACUAAGUAACAGUUUUGAAUGUAUUCUUAUUUAAUAUCAUUUUUGACAUGUUUGAGCAAUAGAUCUGAACUCAAAUAUUAAUCAAAUAUCAAAAACGGCCAUAAAUAAUAUAUUGUAAUGAAAAUACGUAUUAUAUAACGUCAGCGAAACUGCCAACUUGUCUCGAUUUUGCUUACAAAAAAAUACCUAGUGGAUUUGCUCAAUAUAAUGAGUGUUUUAUUUUUCCAUUAACAAUUAUUUUAAGUUAGAACUUAGAAGAAUUUAUCUACUUACUAAUAUUUACUCUCUAGGAAAUGAUUAUAAUUGUCUUUUAGAAAUAUUGUAAGAAAAUUACCUAAAUGAAUCUGCAUGAAUGAUGAUGUGCCACAAAGGAAAUUCGAGACAAAUCGAUAGUUUUAAAUUUUUUUAACUCAAAACAGUGCCGAGUGUGCUAAAAGCGCAAGUAGGUACUCUUAACUCUGUGUUGUGAUCUUUUUAAAAGUCUAUUACUAUGAAUCUAUUAUAUAUAUUAAAACUUGAUAUAAUAAAAUAUUUGUACAUGUUAUUGUAUGUAUAAUAUUAGAUAUAAAUUUUAGAGGUCUGUGGUGAGUUCGAGUUGGUCGAGUUUUUUUCCAUUGAAAAAUGACAAUCCACGUUAUUUUAUUUAUGUGUAUGUUACUAAUAAUCUACAAAAUUUCUAGAUAUAAUUUGUGAACUUUAAAUAAAAAAUAUAUUAUCGUUGCAUCUAUUAGUAUUUAAACAUACAUCACCGUUUAUAAUAAAUUCAGUAUGUUCUUAAAUCGUUUUUAAUUUUAUAGGUCCCAAAAAAUGUAAUUAUAAAAUAUGUAUAAAAAAUUUAUCGGCAUUAUUGGAAACUGUGGAAUACGUUUUACGCAUUACUUUUAUUGCCUUAUUUCAAAAUUUUAUACCUCAUCGUUAAUUGUAGGAUGGUUAUUUCAGCAUAAAAGAUACAAUUAAUUCUAAUAAUUCAAAGCAUAUUUUAACAGCUUUUUUGUCUGGAAUGUUAUGAUCCGGAACUACCUUGGCUAGAAUUACAUUACUAAUUUAAGAGGAAAAAAGAGCUUAUGGACUAAUGGACUACGAGACACUAAAUCACGACCUUUGCACACCUGUAUUGAAUAUGUAUUUAUAGCCUCUUACUUUGAACUUAACUAACUUCCUUAAUAGAAAAGGUUGUGAUUAUCUGUUAAAAACCUUUGAAUAUAAUUAUUAAGUAUACAAUGCACUAUCACUAAAUCAAUAAAAAAGAUAUUUUCUUAUUUAAUUAUAUAUUAAUUUAAUAUCAACAAUAUCCUAGGGAACCACAGGCUUAUAUUCUUUCUUCUUUGAUUAAGAUAAUCAGCCAAAUUUCAAAUAUAAAUGACCUAGAUGCAACAUACUCUAGAAAUUUUAUGACAAGUAUUACAGAUAUUGUGUUGUUUGGAAGAAUGUUCCAAAAUAUUCGUUUGAGUUGCUAAUUUACGAAUAGAAUAUUUGAAAUAAAAAAUUUUUCGACAUUCUAUUGAAUUCAUACACGAUAAGUAAAUAAUAUUUUGUAUAUUGUUAGUAAUGUGAAUGUCCCAGCGACAUUAAACCUAGGUUAAGUGCUUAUCUUAGAAAUAUCACUGUUAAAUGUUUUUGAACAAGCUGUAUGUUUUUUCGGGCUCCUUAUAAGGUGUUAGAAUGUAGGUUAAGUAUACUAGGCCACUCUAACUUGCCCCAGACUACCCAGACUGGGCCAGAAUUUUGGUAGUCUAAGUAUCAGGUGCUCAGAUCUAUCAAUUAAUUGUUGUUAUAUUGAAUGUACCUCUUCAGAACUGAUGGCCAUUUUUCAAAGUUAACGAUUAUAUACAUAUAAGAAGAAAAACCAUCUUCAAAUAUUCUUAUUUUUGUUGUUUCUGAAUGCUUUUCUAGUUGUAAUGAUUUUACUGUUGAAUAAUAAAGUUAUUAUUUCUUU